AUGGACUCUCAAACUCCCCAAUCAUCCGAAAACCCGACCAUUCUCCUCGGAAAAUACGAACUCGGUCGCCGUCUUGGUACCGGGAGCUUUGCCAAAGUUCACGUAGCUCGUUCCAUCGAAACAGGGGAGGUCGUGGCCGUCAAAAUCAUCGAUAAGAAGAAAACCGCGGAAGCCUGUAUGGAACCGAGGAUAAUCCGAGAGAUCGAAGCCAUGAGACGACUCCACCACCACCCAAACGUCCUCAAAAUCUAUGAAGUCAUGGCUACGAAAUCCAAGAUCUACCUCAUCAUGGAGCUAGCCGCCGGAGGUGAACUCUUCACCAGAAUCCACCAUUACGGUCGGCUUAACGAGUCGGCGGCGCGUCGCUAUUUCCAACAACUAGCCUCCGCUCUCAGCUUCUGUCACGGUGACGGAAUCGCUCACCGUGACGUGAAGCCGCAGAAUCUCCUCCUAGACAAGCAAGAUAACCUCAAGCUCUCUGAUUUCGGACUUUCCGCUUUGUCGGAACACCGUGGCAUCGACGGAUUGCUCCACACAGCUUGUGGUACCCCGGCUUUCACAGCACCGGAGGUAAUCGCUCAGAGAGGCUACGACGGUGCUAAAGCUGAUGCUUGGUCUUGUGGUGUCUUUCUCUUUGUUCUUCUUGCAGGUUACGUUCCUUUCGACGAUUCCAACAUUAUGGCUAUGUACAUGAAGAUUCAACGGAGAGAUUAUCGUUUCCCGAGCUGGAUCUCGAAACCAGCUCGGUCUAUAAUCUUUAAGAUGAUAGAUCCGAAUCCAAAGACGAGGAUGAGUGUAGAAACUGUAAUGGAAACAAAAUGGUUUCAAAAAUCGUUAGAAACAACGGAACUGGAAUCUGGUGAAAGUGUGUUGGAAUCUGAUGAUGGUGGUGAUGGACCGGAGAAAUCGAUUACGGCGUUUGAUUUGAUCGGAAUAUUAGCAUCGGGAUUGGAUUUGUCGGGGAUGUUCGAGAGGAGGAAGAGGAGGGAGGUGAGGUUUACGGCUAGGGUUUCGGCGGAAGGAGUGGUAGAGAAGGUGAAGAAGAUAGGGGAGAAAUUAGGGUUUAGAGUGGGGAAGAAGAAAGAAGCGGCGAGAGCGAGAGCAGUGGGGUUAGGGAAAGGAAGAACGACGGUGGUUGUGGAGGCGGUUGAUGUGGCGGAGGGAUUGGUUGUGGCGGAGGUGAAAGUGUCGGAAGGGAAAGAGGAGGAGGAAGAGGAAGCUUGCUGGUCGGAGGUGAUUGUAGAGCUUGAAGAGAUUGUGCUCGCAUGGCACAAAUGA